AUGCAUCUCAAUACAUUAGAAAGUAGCAACUUAUUAGUUUCUUUGCGGAUAAUCAUAGUCAUUAGCAAUUUAGCAUUUAGCAACACUCAAUGGCGGGGGGUUAGUAAAACAGCACCCGAUUUCGAGGACUUAUUGCCGGCGAUGGCUGAGAAGCUGGGCGGAGACGGGCUGAUGAGGGAAUUGUGCAAUGGUUUCAAGGUGUUGAUGGACAGGGACAAAGGGGUGAUCACUGCGGCCAGCUUGAAGAGCAACGCGGCAAUGCUUGGCUUGCAAGAUUUGAGAGAUGACGAGCUUGCAAGCAUGGUGAAGGAAGGCGAUCUUGAUGGUGACGGGGCUCUCAAUGAGAUGGAAUUUUGUGUGUUGAUGUUCAGAUUAAGCCCCGGAUUGAUGGAAGAGUCCCGCUUAUUGCUCGAAGAAAUACUCGAACAAGAGCUCAAAACUGCUGGAUUCUAACAUGAUUUUAUGUUAACUUAAGACCCUUUUUACUCGUUACAAUAUCUUAAUAGUUAACACAAUGCAUACUUCAA